GAGUCAGAGACAUCUAUGGCCAUUCCCAUUACAAUUCUGCACUGUGACCUACUGCUCUAUGGACGUGAGCACCGAAACCUUGAUCGUUGUCGACUGGAAGAUGUCACAGAUGAGUACUUGGUCUCGACGUACGGCUUCCCCCGGGCAUUCAUUGAUUACCUUGUUGAACUCUUGGGAAGUAACCUGUCCCGACCCACUCAACGUUCACGAGCCAUAAGCCCGGAAACCCAGAUUUUGGCAGCACUCGGAUUCUAUACGUCUGGCUCCUUCCAAACACACAUGGGUGACACCAUUGGAAUAAGUCAAGCUUCCAUGAGCCGUUGUGUCACCAAUGUCACGGAAGCUCUGGUGGAGAGGGCUUCCCAGUUUAUUCUGUUCCCCAGGGAAGACGGGUCCAUCCAGCGGCUGAAGGAUGAGUUCUACAGCGUUGCUGGAGUUCCUGGAGUUUUGGGGGUAGUUGAUUGUACCAAUGUGACAAUUAAAGCGCCUAAUGCAGAAGAUAUGUCAUACGUGAACCGACGAGGCCUGCACUCUUUAAAUUGCCUUCUUGCAUGUGAUGCUCGGGGGGUUCUGCUCUGGGUUGAAACCCACAGGCCUGGAAGUAUACAAGAUGAUGCUGUGCUCCAUCAGUCUGAACUCUGCUACCUCUUUGAGACAGAAUUGCAUAAAGAGGGCUGGUUGCUAGCGGACAGUGCUUUCCAGCAGCAGCCAUGGCUGAUGACACCAGUGCAGAUACCUGGAAGUCCCCCUGAUUAUCGUUACAACAUGGCACAUACGGCCACACACUGUGUCAUGGAACGCACACAGCAAGCUCUUAAACGCCGCUUUCGCUGUUUGGAUGGUUCUAAAGCCACUCUCCAGUACUCGCCAGAAAAAGCGUCUCAGAUCAUACAGGCUUGCUGUGUGCUGCACAACAUUGCUCUGCAGCAUGGCUUAGACAUCUGGAGUGAUUCUGGAACAGCUGGACUGGAGCAGGAGGAGGAAUAUGCCUGUGUGGAAUCGUUAGAGUCAGAAGCUUAUCGUGUGCGACAGGAGAUCAUUCUUACCCAUUUUAGCUGAUGCUGCAAUGUAAAGUUGUAUUCAAAUAAAGAUGCACUUGUUUCUUC